AUGAACGGGUUAAAGAAAAGGAAGGCGACUAGCCAAACAUCGAGCACACCCGCAGAAAAAAGGGUUAAGGCCCGCCAACCUACCGGAAAAUCCACCCAGUCGAAAGCGAAGAAACGUAUUACUGCCGACUCUUUACGAUGGCGCAAAGCCAAGCUACCCGAUAUGUUCAACGAUUCCGAGGGUUUCUACGGCUUGGAGGAGGUUGACGAUGUGGAAGUUAUUCGAAAUGGCAAUACUGUUGAAUUUAGAGCUGCCGUGCAUUCAGCUGACGAAGAAAACGGAGAGGAAGAGAGUGAUGCGGUACAGAGCGAUGAAGAAUUUGAAGGAUUCAACGAUGAGCCAUUAGCGCAAGCUAUUUCAGGAAGCGCAUCACCUAAUCCAAUGAACGCCGAUGACGAUACAAAAUCGGAGACAAAGACUACUCCGAAAGAAGGCGCAAAGGCGGAAAAGAAACAGAAAAAAAAAGAUUCAAAACAGAUCAAGGAUCCGGAGCUCGAGACUAAUAUCUUUGCUGGAAUGGACGCUGUGGAUGAAACGCAAGAUGAGGUCGACAUUUCUGCAUGGGUCUCGUUGGAUCUAUCUCCUAGUAUUCUUGGGUCUCUGGCUAAAUUGAAAUUCCUGAAACCUACUCGUAUACAAGCAGCUACGAUACCUCAAAUAUUAGCUGGCCAUGAUGUCAUCGGUAAAGCCUCGACAGGUUCAGGUAAAACACUGGCAUUUGGUAUUCCAAUUGUUGAGAAGUGGCUGGAAUUAUCGGACAGCGACGACGUUUCUCAGGAUGCCUCUAAGAUUCCACUUGCCUUGGUCCUUUCACCGACUAGAGAACUUGCGCAUCAACUCACGGAGCACAUCAAGAACCUUUGUGCCGGCUUACCGAAUUCACCCUACAUAUGCUCGGUAACCGGUGGCUUAUCAGUUUAUAAACAACAGCGCCAGCUAGCCAAGGCAGAUAUCGUCAUUGGAACUCCCGGCCGACUAUGGGAGGUCUUGAGCUCUAGCUCGGAACUGACGAGUAACUUCAAAAAGAUCCAGUAUCUCGUAGUAGACGAAGCAGACAGACUCUUAACAGAAGGUCAUUUCCAAGAAGCUGCUGAAAUUUUCAAUGCCCUAGACCGAGUUGAAGAGGAUGAAAAUGAAGAGGAAGAAGCUACGUUUUCGCCGAGACAAACUCUUGUAUUCUCGGCAACAUUUCACAAAGGUCUACAACAAAAAUUGGCUGGUAAAGGACGAUCCAACUUAAUGAGCGAGAAGGACUCCAUGGAGUAUUUACUGAAAAAAUUGAACUUCCGGGAAGAGAAGCCCAAGUUUAUCGACGUUAAUCCGGUAUCUCAAAUGGCUGAAGGGCUUAAAGAAGGGUUGGUGGAAUGUGGCGCGAUGGAGAAGGAUCUCUACCUAUACGCACUUUUGAUGUUAUAUCCAAACGUGCGGACGCUUGUGUUUACCAAUUCCAUCAGUUCAGUCCGAAGAUUAGCCCCUAUGCUUCAAAAUCUAAAUCUCCAGACCAACCCGCUCCACUCUCAAAUGCCUCAAAAGGCGCGUCUACGCUCAGUUGAACGGUUCACCGGCACAAAUCAAGGACAGUCAUCUAUCCUUGUUGCAACAGAUGUCGCUUCCCGUGGUUUAGAUAUUCCUAACGUCGACUUGGUAGUUCAUUACCACGUUCCUCGAGCUGCGGACGUCUACGUACACAGGUCUGGACGUACUGCGCGUGCAGACAAAACGGGUUUGAGUAUACUUCUCUGUUCGCCCGAAGAAGUUGUCCCUACCCGACGGCUCAUCGCGAAAGUGCACUCGAGCAUUGAUAGGGGGUCUAGGAAGAACUUCUUCGUGCAGACAUUAGAUAUGGACCGAAAGCUAGUUAACAGAUUGAAAUCGCGCGUCACGCUAGCCAAGAAAAUUGCCGACGCGGGACUUGCAAAGGAGAAAGGAAGCAAGGAGGAUGACUGGAUGCGAAACGCAGCAGACGAGCUAGGCGUGGAAUAUGAUAGCGACGAAAUACAGCAGGUCGGCAAGUGGGGAGGACGAGGGGGUGGUCGGAAAGAGAAGCAAGACCAAGCGAGAGCUAUGACCAAGGCCGAGCUAGGGGCUUUGCGCGCCGAACUAAGAGAGCUCCUCUCCAAGCGAGUCAAUGCUGGCGUGAGUGAGAGGUAUAUCGCGACCGGUAUGAUAGAUAUGGAUGAGCUGCUACGUGGUGCUAAGGGGGAGUUCUUAGGUAGGGUCAGUGGUCUUGAUAUUGAAACGUUAUAG